AUGUUAUUUGGUGAACUUGAAGGAAUUUGUAAAUAAAAAUAGCUUAACCUUGGAAUAACAUAAGAAUGGCUACCUGAUAAAAAAUGGCUUGCUAAAAUUCUUUUUAUAUUGGAUGAAAAAAAUGAAAUAUUCUAAAUAUAUUAGUAUUAUUUCAAAUUAUUUUAGCUUGCUGAGAGGAUUAGACACGCUUGGGGAAGGAAAAAAUAGUUAAAUUUUUUUUGACGAUCUCAUUAACAUGUGGCAGAAAACAAAAUUAAGAAAACUAAAUAGAAAUUGUAAAAUAUCAAAGUUAGACUGUCAAAAAAAAGAAGACUGA